AUGUGCUACCAAGUCGUUGAGCUCUACUCGGCCUGCCGCUGCCUCUACUACCAGCACGCCAUUGACCGGUGUCCUUCGUACGGCGGGCGCGGCCAUGGCAUCCAGAGGCGCGUCAUCUACGUUGGAUACGCAUGCAGCGCUCACUCGACCCGCACCGCACAAUAUGCCACGCCCUACACCUACUCCGACUCGGGCUAUCACAGCGGCGGCUCCGCCCGGAGGGGCCAUCGGUGA